ACCAGCUGCAGACGCCGAUCCGCGUGAGCUCGUCGACGCGCCCGAGCACUGCUAUGGGUGGCUCCGUGGGCCGCCGCCUGGACAGCGCGUCCCUCGGCCAUCGCCUCGACAGCGGCACCUUCCGACGGCCUGACACCAGCUUGAGCGGUGCGACAAGCGUCAGUGGACGGAGCGCGGCGAGCUCGACGAGCCGGCGGAUCACAGAUCCGCUGCGUACGCCCGGCCCAGGACCGCGCACGCUGAAUGCGUUCCGCGCGGCCGGCGUGUUCGACGAGGACGACCCGCUGGCUAGCGCGAAGAGCAGGAGCUCAGAAGACGUGCUGGAGAAAAGUCGCACUGCGCUCGAGCGAAGCGCGAAUGUGCUCGACCGCACACGCAGUCCGAGUAUCUCGCUCACGCGCAGCGGAUCGGUCUUGGGCAGUGUGCGGGGCAAGUACCCGCAGGGAAUGCGUGGUCCGUCUGAGCUGGGCGAGCGGCGGGUCAGCGCUCGCAAGGCAAGCUGGACCUCGGCAGGCCCGACCAGUCCUGGGCCGACACAUCUGGCGGACAGUCCUACCUUUACGUUCAGCACGCCACGAAGCGCGUCGACGGCGCCGACAAGCGUCAGCGGCGGCUCGCACGACGACGAACUUCGCGAGCUGCAGGCGAAGCACGCGGACGAGAUGGCUGCGCUGCUCGGUGCGCUUGGCGAUGCCCAGCGGUCAGCACGUCUCCUUCGUAGCGAGAACGGCGAGCUGCGCGAGCGCGCCGACGAGAUGGCCGACGAGGUCGAGCGCCUUCAGGCUGAGCGCUCCCGGAAUACGGAGCUCGUUGCGCGGCUUGAGGAGCAGCUCGAGUUCGUGCAGAAGGAGCGGGACGACAUGCGCGCCGCGGUCGAGGAGAUGGCUGCGGAGAUGGAGCGCAUGCGCAACGAGGGAGAGGCUUGGAUGCGCGAACGCGACGAGGACACGCGGGAGCGCGAGCGCCUGCGGAAGAAACUCGCUGAGACCAGCGUUGCCCUACGCAUGGCGGAGGUGCGCGCACGGCUAAACUCGUCGGGAGGGUCAGAGAGCGCAGGGAACACCACAUUGACAGCGCACGGGCUUUCGCAUGCCACGUCACUGACGCUCCUCAACGGCAGUGUCAAGGGCUUCGGAAGCGAGGCCAAUGAUAGUCUGCAUUCGUCGCCAUUACUCUUGAUGGGUGGUGGUGGCUCUCCCUUGCGUGACACUUCCCCCUUACAUCUACGCGCCGGCUCCGUCGACUGGGAGGGUGAGUCGGAUGUUGGCGAGCGCACGCGGAGGUUCAACGACGGCCGACGUGGCAGCAUCACCAACUCUCAUUCCCGCUCAGGUUCGUCCUCAAACGGUCGCUUGCGCGCAUCGCGUCGGCUAAGUGGCGCGUCCUCGGUCUUCCCCACCUUGCCGAACAACAUGUCCAGUGCUCUGUUUCAUGGAUCUGUUGGGAGGACUGCAUUGGAUCUUACACAUCAUACCAAAAUACUAACCCGCAUGCUGCACUUUAUCCUUACCUUAUUGUGACUGGGGCGCUCGCCCUCACUUUGCACUGACCCAUUCGCACUUACCACGCGUUCACUUCGUUCGUUAACUUCUUUGACUGUGGUUCCCGGCUCUCUUCAUCAGACUUGGUCUUCCUUCGCUACCUCUUUGCUGUUCGAUUUGCUUUGUACUUGUCUCCGUUGAUCACACGGACUGCACACCGCACACACUGGAUCCAUAAAACUAAUUAACCGUAUCUAUUUGUGUA